CUUUUCCCAUGUCACCCAUUUACACAGAAGAGACUGUGCACCAAGCUUCACCGAGGAUUCAAUGCCGACUGUAAGCUCAGACUCAAAGUGGCCGGAGCCCGUUGGCGAAAAUAUCGCCAACGGAAGCCCCGUAGAUGCCGACACGCUGGAGGAGUUUGCCCAAUAUCUGGCAGAGAACAUAAUCCAAUCGUUUCUUAAGCAAAUGGAAAAGUUGGAACCUGAGCUUCCACAACCUACUCAAACCCCAGAGAUGUUCGCUGAGGAAUUGGCCUCAGCAAUAAUUGAGAUUGCUCUGGGAGAAGUUUGCAUACCUAAAUAUAUAGAGGGUCUCACUUCAGAUGCACAAAAGAAUGAUUAUGAAGAGGCUGAAAAUGGGCCAGCUGUUGAUACAUCUGGAGAAGAAGAGGACCUGUUGGACAUGGAAAUGGUUUCGGCUAGGGAAUUGCAGACUCACAGGAACCCUCAGUCCAACCAUCCACCUCUGUACCAGUCAGGCCUUCCUGCUGUAGGUUCCCUCGACUACCCAGAUGCCCCUCCAACCACCCCGCUCAUGCCUGAGCUUGAGAGGAGCAGGCACAGUUUUGCUCGAAAGCUCAAAGGGGGGCUGGCAAAGGUCUUCCUACCCUCUCCUCCUCCACCAACUCCAAAAGACAAAGAGGACAACUCAGGCGAUGUAAUCACUGACCCUCAAGUGGAACUGAUGGAGCAUCUGAUGCAUUCCCUGUCAACAAAUGACCUGGCGGGAGACAGCCUGGACCUGCAAGGAGCCGCUGUGGAGGGUUUUGCAGAGGUUCUGUCGUGUGACAUAUUAAACUUGGUCUUGAACGUGAAACGCAAGAAGCAGAUAUCAGACGACAGCGAUCUUCAUCUCCUAGCCCACCAACUGGCUGAAACAAUCAUCACCUCCUCCCUAGAUAAAGCUAAAUGCGGCCUCAUAUCUGGGGAGUGACUGUCUGGUUCAUGAUUAUUGAAAUGAGACUCUGUAAAAAUGUUUUAAUGCAGUCGAUGUCUUAUUUUCAGAUGAUAACCCUUUUGGCAUCUACAGUACAUUUAGUGUAAAUCCAGAUUAGGAGUUUCCAUAGCAAUAGCUAUGAGGCACUCUGAGAGGGGAAUUGCAGACUUCAUUCCCUCUUAAAACAUUUCCAAUCACAUGAAGGGUUUACAUCUAAAUGCAUUUUUAUUAACCUCUACACCACCAUUAUGAUAGGACUAUACAAUAGGCCGUUAUUUACACAGAAACUUUAGGAUUAUUUCAAACUGAAAUUUAGAUGGCAUGCAGUGUAAUCUCAUAGUGGCGUAUUGACCUUUACACAGACUUACUUUAAAUUAGAUUCUUAUUCUGACCAAAAAUGGCAAGUUUCACCCAGGAAGAUCUUUGGUGACACAAUAUUUCCUACAUUCAUUUCCUGUACAAUAAUCAUCAGUUUUUGGUGUAAAUAACUUCCCACUGUAUACAUAAUGACAUUUUAAAAGUUUUUGAGACUGGAGUUGUUUUAAGAUGAUAGAGGUCUGUUUGGUGACACUUUUUAAGCUACCCUGUAGAAUAACCCCCCGUCACAAACUAAUCUGGAUUUUUAGUAAAACAAAAGUGCCAGGAGUUGUCUACUGCAAAUACAAUAUCUACUCCUUCUAAUUUUUUUCCUGUAAAUUUUCAUUUAAGUCCACUUUGAGUUAUGUUUUCUUGUUUUGUGAUACCCCUUUUGUUUUGAUAAAGGUAUUUCUCAGAAUGUUUUUUUUUCUGAUCACAAAUGUGCUAAUGGCUAUAUUUGCGGCACAUUUUGUUUCUUUUUGUGAUUGAUGAACCCAUGUAAUGGUGCCAGUCUAAACCUGAGUAUGUAUUUAGUUUUUCAUGCAUCUACAUUAAUUCAGCAUAUAUAGCAGGAAGUCCCCUUUAGAUGGCAGCACAGGAGAACCAUUUCUGGCAUGUUUUUUUGUCUGAGGCCAAACACGUUUUAUCGAUACAUGACUUUUCUUUACUUGAUAGAAGAAAUAUAACAUUCCUAAUUUGAAGCCUUGUAAAUUUAACUUGCUUCUGUGCUUAAAUGAAAAUGUGUUGAAUAUGUCUGCUUUGUUAUAUGUUUCCCUCAUUGAGCAGUUUAAUAUUGAAUGUUUUCAUAACAAAAAGGUAGAGUUGAAUGUAAUAUAUCUGAGAAAUACUUAUGACACUCAGCAAGAUCCAAAUUCAGGGAGAUUUUAUUGGUUUAUUGCUGGUGGUUCUUCUGGCUUUGUAUACCGUGUGUUGCCAAAACUGCUGACUCUCACAUAAAUAUGUAUUUUUAAUGACUAUUGUGGAUUUUAUUUAUGAGAUUGCUACACCCUUUGAAGCUAUAAUUGCUUUAACUCUCGUGUGAGGGCUUUAAACCAAAAGACUGGAGGAUGUUACUGUAAUUGCUUAAAGAACCUCCAGCUUCAGUUCUGAGGUUCCAGACUGAACCGGGGAAGCAGCCUCAGCAGCAUCAACCUUCAUUUGCCUAGAAUCAAAGUGAGAAUGUCUUAAGCCUGCAGGAGCUGGUCCGCCCAAACACUUUUAAAGAGUUUUAAAUGACUUUGAAAUAAAUACAUCUUAUUGUGGAUGUUGUUAAAAUCCGUGCUUACAUGUGUUACAUGUGUUAAUGUUUGAAUUUGUGUUUAAAGUUGAUUCUAUGCUGCCGUCUUGGCCAGGAAACUUUGUAAAACAGAUUUCUAAACUGAGUAAGUGUUUUUAUGUGAAAUAAA